UGCUCCUCAGUUUAAUGGCAUUUCGGUAUAUAGCUAAUGGAACGCCGAUCGCACUCUUUCUGUCGCUCGCUCAGACUGCAAUUGUAGUAGGCUCGGGUCUUGAAUUUGGCUGCUUUACUUGUGAUUCAGUCAUUCAGUGGUUGUAUCCGAUCAGAUGGAAAUGGAACCACUGUUUCGUGACACACUCUCCCCCCCGUCAUUUUUGGUACCGUCGCAUGGUUGUUUCGAGUUCAUCCAAGAGGCCGAGUAGCCGAGUACUCCUCGUCUCUGCCUUGGAAGCCUCCCUCGACCAUGCAGGAAGCUCUCGUAUCUCCGGCCAAUGCCGGCCGCCUUCGCUCGGCCUUGGAGCUCAAGCCGUUCGCCUUCGGGGACCAGCGCCUCGCCUCGCCGCGCUACCUCAACCUCGCCUCCGUCGCCGGCGGCGGCGGCGGCGACGACGCGCUGUUCCGCUGCUCCUCGCCGUUCAGCCCCAGCUUCGGCUUCUCCUCGCCGUCGCCGCUCGCCACCUCCUCCACCAUCUCGCUCUCACCGUCCUCCUCCUCCUCCCUCGUCGGCGACUGCGACUGCGACGACGACGCCGACGCCGACGCCGCCACGGGCCACAGGCUCCAGCUCGCCCGCCUCGCGCUGCAGUACCAGGAGGUGGCCGACCGCUACGAGCUCUGCCUCGCCCGCCUCGCCGACGCCGCGGACGAGGCGGCGGCGCUCCGCCGCGAGAACGCCGAGCUCCGCGUCGCCAACGGCGACCUCACGCGCCGCCUCGCGCUCCUCAGCGGCAUUGGCAAGCAGGCCGCCGCCGCCGCGAUCGCCGACGAGGUCCGCCGGCUGCGCUUCGGGGAGCAGAAGGCCGCCAAGGAGCGCGCUCCCGAGAAGCCUGCCGUGCUGCCCAAGAGCAUUUCCGUCCGCUCCAACGACUACCUCAAGAUGAACCAGCCGCAACAGGUACAGGCCCCCGCCACGCCGGCCGAAGACAACCGCAAGCCUCGCGCGUCGAACCCGACCACCAACCGAAGCUCGCAGCGCGUGUACAAGGGCAAUGGCGGCGACAAGAGAAGCGAGGAACCCAAGGAGCAUCGCACGGCGGGCGGCGUGGAGCUGGAGGUGUACAACCAGGGCAUGUUAAAGACGGAGCUGUGCAACAAGUGGGAGGAGACGGGGGCGUGCCCCUACGGCGACCAGUGCCAGUUCGCUCACGGCGUCGCCGAGCUCCGCCCUGUCAUCCGCCAUCCGCGCUACAAGACCCAGGUCUGCCGCAUGGUCCUCGCCGGCGAGGUCUGCCCCUACGGCCACCGCUGCCACUUCCGCCAUACGCUCACCCCCGCCGAACGCCUCCACCUGCCCCGCCCUUAACAAAGCCCGGCACGCGGCAGGGCACGGCGAAGGGCAGUCUUCCGCAGCGCUGGAACCGUUGGUUUCUGUUUCAUCUGAAGUCAAGUCAAGUAUGUGUUUCACACGAAAAUGUAUAGAAAUACGAACAACGUAAGCAAGGUACAUGUAUAUGAGUAACAUACAUAAGAGCAUAAAGUAAACCUGAUGGUACAAUUAGUUUUCAGGCAAUGUGAAUAUUCACACACAAUAUAGCUUCACCGUCGAUCAGCUGUGGGUUCUCAGGUGCUUAAAUUGUGUCUUCUGUUCUGUCUAUGUAACCCUUUUUUUUAAACGACAUGUAAUCUAUUUUUGGGGUGUAUUUGUUUAGGUGGUGUUAACUUAGAACUUAGCAUAAAACAGGAUCUUAAGAUAGAGCAAUAGAGCCAAGAGACGUGUCUCCGUCA